AUGGCGACGAAAUCAGAGAAGCCGGUUGUCAGGAGCACUCACCACUAUUGCAAGGACGGCGAGGAACUAGAGAUCGUUGUUGAAGGUCUGGACGACGAGGCCCACGACGGGAAAUUUUCUUACCUGAGAGAAAAGAUAGGGAAGGUUAACAAUGAGGUGUCUUCGGCAGUUGGCAAGUCGAAAAACGUCCUGAGGAUCGCCAAAGAAGAGGCCUUCGCAUCCAAGGUGGAGUCUAUGCUGGCGAGGAUGGGUACGGAGCGGUUUUCUGGGAGGCUGAGGGAUAUCUUCGAAGAGUGCCAUGAUUUUCUAGGCAACAAGGUCAUCUCGGUCACACUCAACGCCGUUCCUAUCGCCCUGGCCAUCAUGGAGGACGAAGGGAUCGGAGAAAAGACGGUCGUACAGGUUGGGGACACCAUCGCGUCUUACAUCGGGGGGAAAAUUGGCACGGCCGUAGGAGAAGCGGCAGUGCCUAUGUUGAUAGAAUUCGCGGCAAUACUGGGUCUAGGAAUAACUGAAGCUGUAGGAACAGCCGUUCUCAGCGUGUUCGGUGGAAUUGUUGGCGCAGUUAUCGGUGGUACCAUAGGAACUCUUAUCACCCGCGGAGUGAUGUCUCUUGUGUCCUACUUUUUUGGAGGAGCAUCUGCCAAGUUUUCGCUGCCUCCAGGCUACAGGUUCCAGACCCUUGGUGGGCGGCGUCUCCCAUAUAAAUGCGAACUUUCUCGAGAGCUGCAGUUCAUCAAGCCAAAACUGGAUACCGUAAGCCGCAAACACGCCCUCACACUCAAGUGUGAGUUGAUGAAAGAGCUGCCCUCAAAAGAAGAUCUUGAGAGAGAGCGUGAUGCUGGGAAACAAUAUCUCACACGUAACCUUCCUCUAAUACCCAGAAAGGGAGUGCUCAAGUCUGACCCAGACAGACAGUACUUGAAGUAUAAACAUUAUACAAAGCACUGA